UGCAAAGAGUCAGAAUCGAUUCAGUGGUUUAAGGUCUCUAGGUGGUGAAAACGGUUUGAGCUUGAAUACUAAUCUAAAGGUUGGUGGUUUGAACCUACCCAGCAGCACUGCGGAAGAAAGUCCUAGCAAUCUGCUUCCCUAAAGAUUAUAGGCAAGAAAACCCUAUGGAGCAGUUCUACUCUGUGACACAUAGGGUCGCCAUGAGUUGAAAUUGACUUGACAGCAAUAGGUUUGGAUUUGGUUCCUGACUUAAGGUAAGUGCACGGUAGCGAUGAUAGCAUCUGGGUCCAGAGGGAAUGUAUCUGCUAAUGGUCAAUAAUUACUUUAAAACAAAGAUGAGAAGGUAAGGGAGCAGGGAAACUAGAUUAAUGGAAAUAAAACAACCAGAAUGGAAAUACUAAGAAUGUUCACGCAUUAUAAAGAACGUAACUAAUGUCACUGAACACCUUGGUAGAAAUUGCUGAAUAGGGAUCCAAACUGCUAUGCAAACCUUCACCAAAAACACAAUAAAAUAUUAUUAAAAAAAAAAAAGAAAAUCAAUUUUCUCUUCAGCUCACAGGUCCUGGCUCCCCAGAAUCAAUAGAGACCAAAUGAAGGAAGGAGGUGGAGGACUUGGAUAUCGUCAUUUCUUGGGACACCCUUGACCAGAGACUAAGACUUCCAAAUAGAAAUUUAGGGCAGAUCUGGAAAAGACUAAAGACAGAGAUUGCAGUUCCUGGCCAUUUCCCAAGAACAGAAGAAAAUGACCAAUGCCCAGGAAUCACUGACAUUCAGUGAUGUGGCUGUGGAGUUCACCUGGGAGGAGUGGCAGCUCCUGGACCCUGCUCAGAAGGACCUGUUCUGGGAUGUGAUGUUGGAGAACUAUAGCAACCUAGUGUCAAUGGGGUUUCAAGUUGGCAAACCAGAUCCACUCUUCAAGGUGGAACGAGGAGAACAGCCAUGGAAGACAGAACAUGAAAUCCACAGUCCAAGACAUCAGGAAACUGAGAAAGUUGAUGAUCAUAUGCAGGGGUACUUCCAAAACCAAAGAUAUCUGAAGAUAAUGGAUCAAUGCUACAAACAUGAUGCAUUUGGAAAUAUUGUUCAUGGGAACAAAAGUCGCCCUUUAAGGCCAAGUCAUGAUAUGGUUGAUUUGUAUGGAAAAACUUUGAAGUCAUAUUUAGGUUUGGUGAACCAGAACAAAAGCUGUGAAAUAAAGGAGCUUGUUGAGUUUAAUGGCUAUGAUAAUCAUGAGCAAACUAAUACUGAAAUUAAAUUCCAUGAAAAUAGAAAACCCAUCAGCGCUAAGUCACAUCUUCUUAAACCUCAGAGAACUUACAAAAUAGAAAAAACUCACAAAUGUAUUGAAUGUGGGGAAAUCUUCAUCAAGAAGUCUCGGCUUACUGAACAUAAGAAAAUUCAUUCAGGAAAGAAAUUCCAUGGAUGCAAUAUAUGUGGAAAAACCUUUUGCAAGAAGUUUAGGCUCACUGAACAUCAAAGAACUCACCAAGGAGAGAAACCCCAUGAAUGCAGUGAAUGUGGCAAGGCCUUCCUUAGGAAAUCUCAGCUUAGUGAACAUCAGAAGAUUCAUACAGGAAAUAAACCUCACGUAUGCAGUAUAUGUGGGAAAGCAUUCUCCAAAAAGUUCAAGCUAACCGAACACCAGAGAACACAUACAGGAGAGAAACCUUUUGAAUGUAGUGAAUGUGGCAAAGCCUUCUGCAGGAAGGCGGAGCUCAUUAUGCAUCAGAAAAAUGAGAGAGGAGAAAAGCCCCAUGGAUGCAGCGAAUGUGGGAAAGGUUUCUCCAGAAAAUCACAGCUUAUCGUACAUCAGAAAACUCACACAGGAGAGAAAUCCUACAUAUGUAGUGAAUGUGGAAAAGGCUUCAUCCAGAAGGGCAAUCUCCUCAUACAUCAACGAAUUCAUACUGGAGAGAAACCCUAUGUAUGCAGCGAAUGUGGGAAAGCCUUCAGCCAGAAGGCAUGCCUCAUAGCUCAUCAGAGAUUUCAUACGGGAAAAACUCCCUUUGUAUGUAGUGAAUGUGGGAAACCUUGUUCUCAGAAGUCAGGUCUUAUCAGACAUCAGAGAAUUCACACAGGAGAGAAACCUUACGAAUGCAAUGACUGUGGGAAAGCCUUCGCUACAACGACAAUGCUCAUUGUACAUCAAAGAACUCACACAGGAGAGAGACCCUAUGGUUGCAAUGAGUGUGGGAAAGCUUUCUCCUACAUGUCUUGCCUUGUUAAACAUAAGAGAAUGCACACAAGAGAGAAGCAUGUGGAUUCAAUGAAGGUGCAUAAUCCUUCCACAGAGAGUCACAGCUCAUUACAUGCAAGUGAACUCACAAAAGGGAAUAGCCCUGUCAAUACAGUGACUGUACAAAUACCUGCUGUGGCAGCUCAGACUUCAUUAAAUAUUAAUGGGCUCCUAGCAGAUAGGAAUGUAGUCAUUGUUGGACAGCCUGUUGCCAGGUAUGUGGCCUCAGGAGAAUUUGCCCAGGAGGGAACCCUUAUGAAUGCAGUGAAUAUGGUAAUGCCUUCAGUGAUCAAUUGCAUCUUAUUUUAUGUCACAAAAAGUGUGGAUCUGGAAAUAAUUGAGGGCACACGCAAGGGUGAUGAUGACCAACAGAGGAAGAGCAACAUGGGAAUGGCCUGGAACUCUGCCCUGCACAGCUGCAUCCUUUCCCAGUGUGACCCUCUCCUUCCGGAAGCCGAGACCCUGUUCAAGCUGACCUGCCCUGAGCCACCUGGCUCUCUGUUCCCUUGCCCCAGGAAGCUUAUGGCCAAAUCCCAGCUGGCAGCCUCCAGCACAUGCGGGGAGAGCUCGUGGGGUUUCGCGCUGGGACGUGUCGGGAGGUCCGCUCGAAUAGCGCGUGGAGGGGUGUCUGCGUUGGGGUGUCGGUGGCUGGAGAAGCAAGUUGUGGGGGGAUCAUUAUCAUUUGAGGAUGUGGCUGUGGGCUUCACCUGGGAGGAGUGGCAGUUAUUGGACCCCUCUCAGAAGGACCUGUACAAGGAGGUGAUGUUGGAGAACUACAACAACCUGGUAUCAGUAGGGUACCCAGCUACCAAACCAGAUUCAAUCUUCAAGUUGGAGCAAGGAGAAACACCAUGGAUAGUGGAGGGGGCAAUCCACAGUCAGACCAGUCCAGAAGAAAUAUGGGCGAUUGGCCAUACGCAGCGGCACUCAGAAAACCAAAAUGAGCUUAAAAGUCUGGAAAGAUGUCUGCAAAGUUUUACACUUGGAGAUAAUUUUGGUUUAAGUAAAAAUCUAGUUCCUUCAACACAAAGAUACAGUGUGUUUGACUCACACUGUGCAAGUUUGAAACCUCAUUUAGAUUUUGUUACCCAGAAUAGAAGAGAAGCAAGAAAUGAUUCGGAUGAAUUUAGUGGUUACGGGAAAUCAUCUGUCCACAUGAAACAUGAUAAAACUUUUUCUGGAAUUAAAUACCAUGGAUGUGUUAAACCCAGUAGCACUAAGUCACAUCGUGAUGACCAUCGAAAAACUAAUACAGAAGAGAAACCAUAUGAAUGCAGUGAAUGUGGGAAAGUCUUCUCCAGAAAGUCACUGCUCUUGAUACAUCAGAGAAUUCAUACAGGAGAGAAACCCUGUGUAUGCAGUGAAUGUGGGAAAGCCUUCACUUGGAAGAGCCGGCUCAAGAGACAUCAGCAGUCUCAUACUGGAGAGAAGCUCUAUGGAUGCAAUGAGUGUGGGAAAUCAUUUUCUCAGAAGGCAUACCUCAUUGUACAUCAGAGACUUCACACAGGAGAGAAGCCUUAUGAAUGCAGUGAAUGUGGAAGAAGCUUCGUUUUUAAGUCAGACCUGACCAAGCAUCAAAGAAUCCAUACAGGAGAGAGACCUUAUAAAUGUAGUGAGUGUGAAAAAGCCUUUAGAAGCAAGUCUGAGCUUAUUCAACAUCAACGAACUCAUACUAGGGAGAGAUCGUAUGGAUGCAGUGAAUGUGGCAAAGACUUUACCCAUAUGUCAUUCCUUAUUAAACAUAAGGAAACUCAUGCAAGAGAGAAAGCGAUAAAUUCUAUGAAGGUGAGAAAACCUUCCUCAGGGAGACAGAGCUCUUUAUACAUGUGUAAACUCAUGCAGGAACAAAACUGUAUGAAUACAGUGCCUUUGGAAAUGCCUUCUUCAGGAACUCAGCCUUUAAACAUCUGUGAGCUCCAAGGAGGUAAAAAUGUAGUGAUUGUGAAACAGCCUUUUCAGGAAGUCAGCCCUCAGUACAUAAUCGGGAAUUUUCACUGAGAGUAAACUUUGCAAAUGCAGUGGACUGUGACAACACCUUCAGUAAUAAAUUAUAUCUUGUAUAUUACAGAUAUUAUUUAGGGAAAUGAUAAAAAUUCUAUCAUAAGCUUAUUUCCUGUAUCACAUUUUCAUACCUUUAGAACCUGGGAAAUGCCUUUCCAAUAAAUGAAAUCUAUGUGGACACCAGGAAUGGUGUUGUAUAAUGAAAAACUGAAUAUAAUGAAUGUGGAAAUAACAACUGUAUUAGUUUCUUACUGAUGUUGUAACAUCACAGAUUUGGUCACUUAAAAUAACACACAUUUAUUAUCUUAUAGUUAAUGGAGGUUAGAAGUCCAAAAUAGACCUCACUGGACUAAAAUCAGUGUGUUGGCAGAGCUGGGUUUCUUUGUUCAGCCUCUAGGGAAGAAUCCUACGUUCCUUGGCUAAUGGUUCCUUUUCAUCUUCUAAAUCAGCAGAGGCUGUUCAGGUCUUCACUCUGAUACUGACUCUUCUGCCUCCCUCUUACUCAUUUAAGGACUGUUGUGAUUACAUUGGGACCACCAGGAUAAUAUAGAAUAAUUUCCCUAUUUUAGGAUGAGUUUGUUAGCAUUUUCAACAUCAUCUACUAAUUUAAGUCUCCUUUGCCCUGGUGGUACAGUGGUUAAGCAUUUGGCUGCUAACCAAAAGGUUGGCAGUUUGAAUCCAUCAGUUGCUCCUUGGAAACCCUGCGGGGCAGUUCUACUCUGUCCUGUAGGGUCACUAUGAGUUGGAAUUGACUGGACAACAGUGGGUUUUGUUUUGGUUUGGUUUUUGCUUUGUAAUGGAAUAUAUUCACAGUGUCUUGAGAUUAGGACAUGCACAUUUUGGGGAGGCCACUAUUCUGUCUACUGUGGGCCCAUACCAUGACCACAAAUGAUUCAUGUCUAUUCCAUGUGCAAAAGUACAUUUACCCUACUCCAUCAUUCCCAAACUCUCAACCUCAUUAUAACAUCAACUGAGAGUCCAAUGUCUUAUUUAAAUCUUAUCAAUUCAAAAGUCUCAAAUCUAAUACUAAUCAUUUAUAUCAGGUGUGGUUUAAGUUCUGGGUAUGGGUUCAUGUUGAGGCAUAAUUCUUCUUCCUAUGUGAGCCUGUGAAAUU